AUAUGAGUGCUCCUUAGGAUUGGGCGACACUCACCAAUCACCACUAGCAUUCCCUCCCAAUUCUCCUCUGGAUCGGCCAUGGCAGGCGCACAGUGCUGCGAGAACCCCCCGACGUUGAGCUCUGCCUCUGGCCAAGGAUCCGUCGUGGAGAGCAUCGGCGGCCUCAAGGCUUACACUGCCGGCUCUUCCAAUAGCAAGGCCGCCGUCGUUCUGGUCUCCGAUGUCUACGGGUAUGAAGCACCGAACUUGAGGAAACUAGCUGAUAAAGUUGCAGCUGCUGGAUUCUUUGUGGUAGUUCCUGACUUUUUCUAUGGGGAUCCCUAUGCACCAAAUCCUGAGAAAUCUAUAAUGAUGUGGUUGGAAAAUCAUGGGACGGACAAAGGUUUUGAAGAUGCAACAUCUGUAAUUGAAUAUUUGAAAAGUAAAGGCAUAGAGGCAAUUGGGGCUGCUGGAUUUUGCUGGGGUGGUAAAGUGGUCACUGAACUCGCAAAGACUGAUUAUGUCAAGGCCGUGGUAAUGCUACACCCAUCAAUGGUUAAACUAGAUGAUAUAACUGAGAUAAAACGCCCCACGUCAAUACUAGCAGCUGAGACUGACAGCAUAACUCCAGCUGAACUAGUAAAGCAAUUUGAGGAAAUCCUAUCCACAAAAACUGAGGUGGACAGUUUCGUGAAGAUUUUUCCUGGUGCUGCUCAUGGAUGGACUGUUCGGUAUGACACCAACAAUGAAGCAGCAGUCGCAAAAGCUGAAGAAGCUCACAAGGAUUUAAUGGAUUGGUUUCACAAGUAUCUCAAGUAAAUGUUCCUUAUCAUCUCAUUGGAAGCACUUAUGAAACACAUUUAUUGUAUUGAUGCUACAAAAUGACUGCUUAGUGUGAAAAUUUGUAGUUUGGAUUUCCUGUGGCAUGGAUCGUAGGUGUUGUAAGCUUUCCUUGUGUUGGAGCUGUGUAGUUUGGAUUUCCUGUGGCAUGGAUCGUAGGUGUUGUAAGCUUUCCUUGUGUUGGAGCUGCAGUAGUAGUGAAUAGUGAUGCUGUUAUGAGAUUA